AGUUAUUAGUAAGCACGAUUAAUUCCAUCAGUUAAUCCUCCCCCGUUCUCUCUCUCUCUUUGUCUCCUCUUUAAUUAAGGAGGACGCGUUCGUUCCUUUGAGCUUAAUUUCUUCUUCUUGUUCUUCUUCCGGCUCUCUCCUCCCAGCUGGCUAGCUAGAUCUCCUCUUGCCUUCUUUGGCACAUUCCUUGCUAGAUUCCUUCCUUCUCGCUGCUUGGCUAGCUGCUGCUGCUGUUUGUUGAUCGAUUUGCCUCCGCCGGAGUAGUGCAGAUCGAGCUAGCUAGCUCAUCGGCGGCGAGCGUGAGGGAUUAAUUGAGCCGGCCGGCCGGGCGGCGAGAUGGGGAGGGGGAAGAUCGUGAUCCGGCGGAUCGACAACUCGACGAGCCGGCAGGUGACGUUCUCGAAGCGGAGGAACGGGAUCUUCAAGAAGGCCAAGGAGCUGGCCAUCCUCUGCGACGCCGAGGUCGGCCUCAUGAUCUUCUCCAGCACCGGCCGCCUCUACGAGUACUCCAGCACCAGCAUGAAGUCAGUGAUAGAUCGAUAUGGCAAGUCCUUGGAUGAGCAACAAGCCGUCGCAAACCCCAACUCAGAGCUUAAGUUUUGGCAAAGGGAGGCAGCAAGCUUGAGACAACAACUGCACAACUUGCAAGAAAAUCACCGGCAGUUGAUGGGUGAAGAUCUAUCUGGUCUGAAUGUUAAGGAAUUGCAGUCUCUAGAGAAUCAACUGGAAAUAAGUAUACGUAGUGUCCGUACAAAGAAGGACCAACUCUUGAUUGAUGAAGUUCAUGAACUGAAUCGGAAGGGAAGUCUAGUUCACCAAGAAAACAUGGAACUAUACAAGAAGAUCAGUUUAAUUCGUCGAGAAAAUGCUGAGUUAUAUAAGAAGAUCUACGAGACUGAAGGACCAAGUGAAGUCAAUCGGGAUUCACCAACUCCGUACAACUUUCCAGUAGUUGAAAAAACAAAUGUUGCCGUGCAACUUGGACUCAGCACACUACCACAACAUAGCGAUGCAGAACAAUCAGCCGUUCCAAAGCUAGGGUUACAGUUGAAUCCAUGACCAGAUAAACAUUGUUUGCUCCACCCUUGUAUGUUGAAGGGAUACUAUUCGCUGUGAAGAGAUGAUACUCAGAUCAAGAUUAAAAAAUCUAUUCAUGUCAUGCGUGAUUGAGAAAUGGACCUGUAAAUGUACUGCAAAUAAACGCCACAGUGGAAUUGAGUUGUGGAAUCCAGGCAAUGAGUAUUUUAUGAUUGAAUUUUUUAUGUACUGUUCACACAUUAACCAGCAUGGGCUUGCGUAAAAAAUAUAAACAGGCAAGGAAAAUUAGCUGUAUUGUGCAUACGGGGCAAAUUUCAGGCGAUCUACGAUUUAAAUGAUGACAUUGUGCAAACUAAUGUAUUGUAGACCUUUAUCUACAUAUAUCACAUAAUUUCAAUAGGGGCCUCCCCUACUGUUUAAUUGAAAAAGAAUGCAGAUGAUUGAUGUCCCAGACCAUGCAAAUGACUCGCACGUGGUUAAUUUUUGCUCCGAGAAACAACAUGUAGUGUUGACCGGAGGGAGUCUUUCAUUAUUUCUAAAAACUUCAGACGGCUAAAUACUAGUAUAACAUUUUUGGGCACACGUGCAAUGUCAGAUUGUCAGACAAACAUACCAUAUAACGGCUGUUAGCACUAGAUUAGCUUUUCACCAUGAAAACAUUGGUUUUAGAAUAACAGAAUUUUCUUCCCGACAGUUAGUGACCGAGUCUCAUUUAGGGUCAGUUUCCAAGGUCCUAAACCCAAAGGGCCAGAAGAUCAUAGAGUGUAGAAAUAUGGGCCCCUCCAUGGGAAUCCUAGUAAUGAUGAAAGCAUGUAUCGAUGAGUUCAAGGCCUUGAGAACAUCAAAAGCAGAUAUACUCUAUAGGCCUGCAUGGAGGUGAACAAUCAAGAGAAUUAUCCUGAAGGCAAUAAAAGUGUUUAUUCCUGGGAUGCAGCCCAAUCCCAAGUGAUGGAAACAAAACCAUUGCCAGCUUCAGAACAAAGAAAAUACACCUUCGACAUGCCUAUUUGGGGGCUAGAAGGCCCAACAAAAGCAAGCAUCCAGUGAUCCCUAAUCCCAGACUACCUAUGGGCUUUUGAGUGGAAUCCAACGCAACACAUUUACCUUUCGUGGGCCAAUAUCCUACCAGAACAGGCUCAAGCGUGAGUUCUACUUAUAUUGCAACA